AUGAGCCCGCAAACCCCUCCGAAGUUUCCGACCGCCUCACCGCCGCCGUCUAAGCGGGCGGCGGCGGAGGUUUUGAGGAAGGUGGUGCGAUUGAAGCCGGCGGAGCCGGGGGUGAUGUCGGCGGUCUUCCUCGUGUCGACAGUGUGUUUCCUCCUCUGCUUCCUGUACACGGAUUACAGCGUCGUCUCCCCUGGGAGGGGAGGAGUGAGAGGGAUCCUCUGGUUCCACCAUCGGGAGCAGCAGCAGCAGCAUCAUCAUCAGCAGCAGCAGGAGAAGACGGAGCAGAGGAAGGAGGAGUUCAUGGAGGCGGAGCUCAGAGGAGGGGGAUGCGAUCUGUUCCAGGGAAAGUGGGUCUGGGACGAGAGCUAUCCUCUCUACGAAGCUGGAGACUGCUCCUUCCUGGACGAAGGUUUCCGAUGUACGGAGAACGGGCGGCCGGAUAGCUUCUACACCAAGUGGCGGUGGCAGCCCUCACAUUGCGACCUGCCAAGGUCCUUCCCACAACUCUCUCUCCUUCUCUCUCUCUCUCUCUCUCUCUCUCUCUCUCUGUUUUCUAGGGGUUCAUGGAGAAUAUCAUUUUUGCCUAAUUCACACAGUGAAAUCGGUGCCCGCAUUGCUGAUUUUCUAGAGGAAAAUGUACACUAAAAUCCUGCUUUUUUGCCCAAAUAAAGCGACAUUCUGGGUCAAAUAUUCACGGGUUUUUCUUCAAAAAAAAUAACCGAUGUCUUGGAUCCAAUGGGGCUACUCCCCGGGCGAUUUUAGAAGAAUUUAGCAUCUGGGUUUCUGCAAAAUCUUCCUUUUAUAGUCUGUUCUUCACCUGUUUUAGCCACACCUUCUCACUUCAUAUCCUGCGGAGGGCACCCCCGAUUUUUGUUCCUUUUUUUUUCUUUUUUCCUCACGAGGAUCCCGGAAAAGUAAAGAAAUCUGGCUCCCAAUUGGAAUCAUCCAUCAUAUUUGCGCCACUCCUGCUUCAGUAAUCUGCAAUCUUGAACAAUUACUAUUUCAAGCUUGCAGGCAAUUUUCUACGCCCAGAAAAAAAAAAGCUAGAACCUUGAUCUUCCCAUUUCUAGUUUUUUUAUUCUCUCUCUCUCUCUCUCUCUCUCUCUCUCUCUCUCUCUCUCUCUAUCUAUCUAUCUAUCUAUCUCUUUAUCUAUCUAUCUAUCUAUCUAUAUAUCUAUCUAUCUAUCUCUUUAUCUAUCUAUCUAUCUAUCUAUCUAUAUAUCUAUCUAUCUAUCUAUCUUUCUAUUUAGAUUUGAUGGAAAGAUGAUGCUGGAGAGGCUAAGAAACCGGAGGCUAGCAUUUGUCGGGGACUCGAUCGGGAGGAACCAGUGGGAGUCCCUCCUCUGCAUGCUCUCCUCAGCGGUAUCAGACAAGAGCUCCAUUUAUGAAGUCAAUGGGAGCCCCAUCACCAAGCACAAUGGCUUCCUCAUCUUCAGAUUCAGGGAAUUCAACUGCACCAUCGAGUACUACCGGGCACCGUUCCUUGUGCUCCAGGGCCGCCCCCCCCUGGGUGCUCAUGAGAAGGUGAAGACCACACUGAGGCUCGAUGUCCUCGACUGGACCUCCGCCAAGUGGAGCAGCGCUGAUGUUCUUGUCUUCAACACUGGGCACUGGUGGAACCACCAGAAGACCCUCAGAAGGUCGCUGCCAUUCCCCCACCGAUGCUCCACCUCUUCUUCCUCUGCAUAUAUCCAUCAUUUCAUGCCGACUUCAUCUGUUUUUUUUUUUUUUUGUUGAGAUUUCUUCUUGAUUGAGAUGAGAUGGAGUUGCAUCCAGGUGGGCUCGCUGAUUUUCCCUACAAUUUCCUCGAUUGAUCUCUCAUGGUUCUUGAUGUCCAUUGGUUGUGUUGUAUGAUCACAUGUGUAAAUUAUUUAUCUGACUGAAGAACACCUCUCUCUCUCUCUCUCUCUCUCUCUCUCUGUCCAGUGGGUGCUAUUUCCAAGUUGGGGACCAGAUCGAGCUGGAGAUGGGCGUGGAGCAGGCAUACAUAAGGGCGCUGGAGACAUUGCUGGCCUGGAUUGGAAAGGAAGUUGACCCGAGCAAGACCCGGGUUGUCUUUCGGACCUACGCGCCCAUCCAUUUCAGGUAAAUUCUGUUUGACGCUAAGACAACGCCUGGCUGCCGAGGUCAAAGGGUCUCUGUGCACAUGUUGCAGGCUCUAGACAGGCCUAGAGAAACACCCCCACUAGGAGAUGGCCAGCUUGGGGCAGUCUCCUCUUGGUUCUCCAUAAGUCAACUCCAUGGUUGACCUCAAGCUCCAAUCUUUUUCUUUUCCUUUUUUGGAUCCACAGAGGAGGAGAUUGGAAGACGGGGGGAAGCUGCCACGGGGAAACCCUUCCAGAUGCUUCGGGCCGAUCAUCAUCAGAGUCAUGGGCCUUCCAUGCCGCUGGCGGCAUAAUCUCAGAGGGGAUGAGACAGGGCUUGCUGCCAGAGUUGACUCUGCUGAACAUCACCCAGUUGACUUUUCGAAGGAGAGAUGGGCACCCCUCCCUGUACUACCUGGGUCCCACGGUCAUGGCCCCACUCCACCGCCAGGACUGCAGCCACUGGUGCCUGCCUGGCAUUCCUGACACCUGGAAUGAGCUUCUCUAUGCCCUCUCUCUCAAAUGGAGCUUCCCAAGUGAAUAG